AAAUAUUAAUUUAUCGAAUAUUUUAGCAUUAUCUAUGUUUACGGUCGGUCACUCUUGUUUGAACCUCGUUGAGUGUAACACGUGUUGAUUUGAGCGCCAUCACGUGUCGAGUGGACGGAAAUUCGGGCAAAAUGACACCCUCUGUCCGUGAGUUCUACAAGGACAAGUCGAUUUUGAUAACUGGAGCUACAGGAUUUGUUGGGAAGGUCCUAGUGGAGAAGCUGCUCCGCGACUGUUCCGAUCUGAAAGUAAUAUAUAUUCUCUUGAGACAGAAGAAAGGAGUACCAGGGGAGGAGAGACUAAAGGAGUUGUGCAGUAAUAAAGUUUUUGAACUACUCCAAAAGAAGAAUCCGUCAAUCUUCAGCAAGCUGAAAUUCAUUUCUGGUGACAUUUUGGAGGAGGAACUGGGCCUGUCAAACGAUGACAAGCAAGAGUUGCAGAGGAACUGUCAAAUUAUAUUUCACAGCGCGGCAUGUGUUCGAUUUGAUCAGAAACUAAAAGAUGCGGUGCAUAUGAACACCACGGGAACAUUGCGAGUGUUAAAUUUAGCUGAAACCAUGGAUAAUUUGGAAGCUUUCGUUCACCUGUCUACUGCCUACUGCCGAUGUGACCUGGAUGAAUUGGACGAACGACUUUAUCCAGCUGUUCAUAAACCUCGGAAAAUCAUGGAUAUAGUAGAAUGGAUGGAUGACGAAACUCUGAAACAUAUUGAGCCGAAAAUAAUAGAAUCUGAGCCAAACACUUAUUCCUACACGAAAGCAAUUACAGAAGACUUGGUUGCGGAAUACGGCAGCAAAUUCCCUAUAGCUAUCGGGCGGCCAUCUAUCGUUACAUCAGCGUGGAAGGAGCCGUUCCCAGGAUGGGUGGACAACCUGAAUGGUCCCACUGGGCUUCUCAUAGGCAGUGGCAAAGGUGUAAUUCGUACUAUGCACUGCGAACCGUCAUACACCGCCGAUGCUAUACCAGUCGACGUGGUCGCAAACGGCUGUAUACUUAUUGCAUAUGCCACUGCGCUUGACAAAGCAAAGGAGGCCCAAUUCUUCAAUAUCACGUUGUCAGAUGUUCAAAAAAUGACUUGGAAGGAAGUGAUUGAGACUGGCGAAAAGUGGGUAAACAUGUACCCAUUCCUCAUAGCUUUGUGGUACCCUGGUGGUACUAUCAAGUCGUAUUGGUUCACCCAUCAAUUGGCCGUCAUCUUUUUCCACAUCCUACCCGCGUACAUAUGUGAUGGACUUCUCUUUUUACUUGGAAAGAAAACUUUUAUGGUAAACGUUCAAAAGCGUAUAGGCCACGGCCUCGGCGUUCUUCAAUACUACACAACGAAGCAAUGGUGCUUUAAAAACACUCGUUUCCUCUCGCUCAUGAACCGUGUGAGUGAGGAAGAGAGAGAGCUCUUCUAUAUAGAUGUCAGUAAAUUGGACACGCAGGAGUAUUUAAAAGACUAUGUGCUUGGAGCCAGGCAUUUUGUGUGCAAAGAGGAUCCUAGCACUCUGCCAAGAGCUAGAAAGUUGCAUACUAUCCGCUACGUGGUGGACAUCAUAACGAAACUCCUCUUCGUGGGAUUAUUCUGCUAUCUUCUUUACUCUUACUCGGACCUGUUCACAUCUCUUAUCUCCUACGUAGACUCAUCGUUGAGGGCGGUUUUGUCGUAAAUCAAUGUUCGUUUCAAGACUAAUGUUUGAUAAUAAGUAUAAAUAUAUAUGUAUGUAUA